AUGGUUUUCACAGCCUUAAACUUCUUAACUAUCUCAAAAAUUCGAGGUUGGGCAACUGCAGAACCUCGCCACCCCCUGAAUCCGCCCCUUCACAGUCGUUUAAAUUCAGUAUCGGAUCAGAACGAAGAACCCAGAAGCAUCGAGUCUCGACCUGUUUCUAGGAACCUUGAAGAGCACGGCCCGACCCGGAAAUUUCUCCCUCGUUCGGCAGCUUCCGGGCGUUGUCUCGGCGGAAACUGGUUUGCAUUGACACAACGAACAUAUUUCAGUUGUCCUUACUUAGCAGAUGAGCUUCAUGAAGACCUGCUCCUACAUUCAUUUAUAGGUGUUGCAGAUAAAGCUGGCACCACUGGCGGCAAAACUAUCUCAGUUUCAUUUGAUGCAUUGUUCCUUGGACCAGUUGAGAAACUUCUUCCUUUGAUGCAAGACAAUUUCCCGGACUUGAGUUUAGACCGCAGUGAUUGCACUGAAAUGAGCUGGAUCGAAUCUGUUAUGCACUAUGCUGGCUUCAAAAGUGAACCUCUGGAAGUUUUGCUUAACCGGGCUCAAACGUCUAGGCACUUCUUCAAAGCAAAAUCAGACUAUGUGACCAAACCCAUUUCAGAAGCUGGCUUGGAAGGUUUAUGGAAAAGACUACUUCAAGUAGAGACAUCCCAGUUGAUACUGUCACCCUACGGUGGAAAGAUGAGUGAGAUUUCUGAUUCAGAAACUCCAUUCCCACAUAGAAGAGGAAACAUAUUCAAAAUCCAGUAUUUGGUCACUUGGGAAGUUGGGAUGAUGAAAAAGGAGACAAACAUACAUAUUGGCUGGAUGAAGAAGCUGUAUGCAUAUAUGGCACCAUAUGUUUCCAAGUCCCCAAGAGCUGCCUAUUUGAACUACAGGGAUCUUGACUUGGGGAGGAACAACAAUGAUGGCAAUACAAGCUAUGCGAAAGCAAGCAUUUGGGGUUUGAAGUAUUUCAAGAGCAAUUUCAGGAGACUUGUUCAUGUUAAGAUCUUGGUUGAUCCUUGUAACUUCUUUAGAAAUGAACAAAGCAUCCCUGUGUUCCCAUCUAGGGGAAAACAGACUUUCCAAAUUAAAUUGAUUGGAUUGGCCGAAAGAAGAAAAAAAUAAAUAGGCCAAAAGAAGAAUAAGAUUUCAUUUGUUUACUGUUCUUCACAGUAUUUUGCUCCACCAAUGUGCAGAAGAGCCAGAUGAUAUAAUUUGGCCAUGGCUGCCUUAACCAAUAAUUAAGCUUAACCAUAUGCCAAAACAGGAGGAGCUGUGUUGUAGAUGGUUUUCUUGUUUAUUUACAGACAACAAUAACAUAAAAUUAAG